AUUCGGACAGUGCAACGUUAUUUAAGCAAAAGUGCUGAAUGUUCUACAGAGGGCAAGCUGAUGAUAAAAGAGCUGAAGGAAUAUAUGGAAAGAAACCGAUACCCACUUGCAAUAUGCUGGAGCGAAGAUGCGACCAGAAUUACCGGUGGCAUUGAAUAUAAUCUGAACGAAGACAAACUCUCUGGUCUGGUAGCACCAAUCGGCACAAAUGGAAUGCCCAUCAUGAACCUAUUUAAAUGUUCUUCGCCACGGAAAGUUUUAGCGAAUAUACAAGAUAAGCCCAUCGGACGCAACGUUCAACUAUGCAUGGCUCAACCCAUCUGUAUGGACGCAGCUCCAUUUUGUAUACUUUACUACUGCACGAACAAUAAAUUUUCAACAACCGAUGUUCUAAACAAGUGGAACUUUGUUCAAGCUGAAAUGGACAAAGAAGACAUUAAAGUUGUUUGCAUGGCAACUGAUGGUGAUAGCCGAUUCAUUGGAGCUAUGCUGAAAAAAAUGAAGCUACCGAAUCAUAACGACAAUCCCUUUGGUGCUUGGUUCGUAUCCAACACCAACAAUGACAGUCUAUGCGUUCAGGAUCCAACUCAUCUAGCGAAUAAAUUUCGGACGAGGCUUGUCAAUCAGACCAAGCAGUUGAUACUCGGUCGGUUUCAAGUAUCGAAAAUACAUUUAGAAGAACUAAUGCGUGAUGUUUCGAAAGACCAACACGGCUUGGCCGAAGGAGACCUUAGUGACAAGGACAAGAUGAAAUUUCGACCAGUAGAAAAAAUUACAUCUGAACAAGUCAUGUCAAGUCUCGAUCAGCAUAUUCCUCUUUCCAACGGCACUGUGGCACACCUGAAAAUUAUUUCAUGCAUUAUAUCCUCGUACAUGGAUCCAUCCUUAUCGCCGUCGCAACGAAUCUUUAACGUGUGGUGA